AUGGAGUCGGUACUCCUGGAGCACUUCCCGGCGGGGCUGGACUCCUUUUCUUCAGAAUCUUACUUCGACGACGAGGAAUUUUUCACCGACCAGUCUUCCCGUGACCCCCUGGAAGGCGACGAACUCCUGGAGGCCGAAGUGGGCUUCCUGGAACCGCCGUUCCACGAGUGUUACCGCAGCGACGGGGCUGGCGGUGGCGCGGGACCCGAAGGCGUGCCCGAGGGUGCCGCGGCGGCGGCGGCGGCGGCGCGGCGGCGGCGGCGGGUGCGCUCCGAGGCGGAGCUGCAGCAGCUGAGGCAGGCGGCCAACGUGCGCGAGCGGCGGCGGAUGCAGUCCAUCAACGACGCCUUCGAGGGGCUGCGCUCUCACAUCCCCACGCUGCCCUACGAGAAGCGCCUCUCCAAGGUGGACACCCUGCGCCUGGCCAUCGGCUACAUCAACUUCCUCAGCGAACUGGUCCAAUCCGACGUACCCCUGCGCAGCGUGGGCAGCCAGAGCCCUUGCCAGCCCAAGAAGGUCAUCAUCUGCCACCGGGGCACAAGAUCACCUUCUCCAAGUGACCCAGAUUAUGGACUCCCCCCCCUCGCUGGGCAUUCACUCUCUUGGACUGAUGAAAAACAACUCAAGGAACAAAACAUUAUUAGAACUGCUAAAGUCUGGACUCCAGAAGAUCCUAGGAAGUUAAACAGCAAAUCAUCUGUAAACAACAUUGAAAAUGAGCCCCCAUUUGAUUUCAUAUCUUAA